UGCAAAUAAAAAGUAUGAAAUAGACAGUGUUUGUUGGUGAAUUGUGCAUUGUUUGUUAGUGAGUGGUGCGGUGUUUGUUAGUGAGUGGCGCGAUGUUUCAGUGGAACAGCGAAAGCGCACCGCAACGAUAAAGCUGUAUGGGUAUACACGAUAUACUGCCGGAUCUCAACCUGGAGUGGAAUAUUUCGCGGAUUAAAAUUUACGGCUCUGCAGCUUCAUUUGGAUAAACAUACACUGCACACUGCAUUAAUGCUGGAAGCUGGACGAACCAUCCAUCUGCACCAAAGGCAGCAUCUACCACAAGCGGUCCCAGUAGCCGAUAAGCGGCGGUGAAAACUUUUCGCCAAAUACCAUCUCUGAACACCCGGUUUGUCUAGGGGUUUUCAGGUGGUGGUAUGGCUGUGGUUCGGAAUAAGAUCAAUAGAUAAAAGGGACCUCUCGUAACGCGUCCGUCACAAUGAAGACCCCAAUCGUUAGUUGGUUCAGCCAGUCGGUGGAUGGCGUAAAUCCCACACAGAUAGCCAUCUACGGUUCGGUAUCGUUCCUUGUCGUCUCGCUGCUUGGUCUGCUGAUUUACAUUACCUGUUCGAAGCGUUAUCGGCUCAACUGGUACGAAAAGAACCUGCUGGAAUCGGCCAAGGAGCGUGAAGCGGCUCAACGGAGCAGCCACCAGGGACACAUAACCUGCCCAAUUGCGUACAACGUCGAUGCUGUUGCUGGGACGUCGCGCUACCUAAAUCGAGCCAACGGUGGGAGCGGUGGCAGCCCCCAGACGCGAGCCGACCAUCCACCGUUCUGGGCGUCGCAGGGACUUUACCGGAAAAGUGACAGCCGGGGGCAGUUGAUUGACACGUCGGAUGAGGAAACGACCGGCGAGGACAGUGGUGAUUCUGCCUGCAGCAGUAGUAGGUCAGUUAUUGCGGCACCCAGCGGUGCGGUGGCCAUCGCAAGCACGGGUAAACAUGUAGUGCUUGUUACGUCAAGCCCGGCCAAACCGACCACCUCGAUGGUGUCUACGGCGGCGGCAACCGCUGGAGGAGGCACGGCCGGUGCGACCAAGGUUGACCAAGCGAAGAUCGAUAUGCUGGACUCCGUCAGCACGUGCAGUACGGUUAGCCGGGACGAGCUAGGCGGUGAGGACGCCCGCGGUGCAAUACAUCUAACACUGAGCUACGAUCCUGCCGCUGGCAUCCUGAACGUGAAGCUGGUCGAGGCCCAGGACCUGCAGCCACAGGACUUUAGCGGGACGGCCGACCCGUACGCCAAGAUAAGGUUGCUGCCGGAUCGGAACAAUAUGUGGCAGACGAGGAUUCACAAGAAAACGCUCAAUCCCGUGUUUGAUGAGGAUUUUGUGUUUGAGGUGCGUUCGGCUACGAUCGGCAGGCGAACACUCGAGAUUCUCCUAUUCGACUUUGACGCGUACUCGCGCCACGUGUGCAUCGGUGGCGUACAGUUCCCGCUGGCACAGGUUUGCCUUGCCGAACGGAUAGACAUCUGGCGUCCACUACUACCCUACACCGAACAGGACAACAAGCAGGAUCUGGGCGAUUUAAUGGUGUCGCUGUCAUAUCUGCCCGCAGCCGAAAAGCUCACGGUCGUCAUCAUCAAGGCACGCAAUCUGCGCGUCAUCGACGGUACACGAAAUUCCUCCGAUCCGUACGUGAAGGUGUGCCUGUACAAUGCGGAUGGGCGGCGAAUCAAGAAGCGCAAGACGACGGUGGCACGCAAUACGACCGCACCCGUCUACAACGAGGCCCUGACCUUCGAUAUUAGUCGCGAAAUGUUGCGAGACUGUUCGAUCGAGUUCCAAGUGCUGCACGACAGUUUGUUGGGCAGGAAUGAAACGCUCGGCCGUGCGACGGUCGGCAGCGGGCCGGAGUUUCGGCAGGAAAACCGGAAGUUUUUCGACGAGUUGUUCCGUACGCGGGCUGCUACCGCCCAGUGGAUAUCACUGUGCGAGCUGAAGAUGAAGUCGGACGCAGGGUCGAAGAAAAAGUGAAAGAGCUCAAGGGUAUUAGGGAAAUAUGACAAGGAUUUUAGCUAAGCUAAACUCUGCAUAAACAUAUUGUAGCAUAUGCGAUGUACUAUAUUGCUGGUAACUCUUCUGUUCUGUCAAGUCAUCCAGUUACGGUUUAAUGAUAACACGAUCGAGGACAUGAAAUUUUCUUUUUCUGCAAGAAAGUCAUUAUAUUUAUACCAGUGGUUUGGCAUGAAAACCAAAUGCUAAUUAAACAAAUUUGUUUUUUAAAUAGUAAGGAGGAUGACUGUCUUGCGUUAUUCCACUGUCCGAUGUUGGUUUUUCUGUAACGAAAAGUCUGCAUUUUACAAGAAGCUAUAAAGCUAGGGUUCUAAUUUAAGGUACAAGAGAGCACUUCGUUCAUUGGCAUGAUUUAUUCACACGCCUUCCCGCACCGUUUCACGCCUUCCUGGAAGCACUUAUUCCGGAGCGCCAUAAAUCACGUUUGUUCCUAUGACGCUCCCUAUGCACCUCUCCAUUUCACAACGGCAAAAGAACACAAACGCACACGUUGAAUAUUUACAAAUAUACAUGUAUACAUACAAAUAUCAGACAGAACUGGAUGGGAACAAAGGAAAAAGGGAAAAAGAGAAAUAAGGGCUGAACAGCAAAAAAAACAAACAAAUAAAACAUGCAUAAGUAGGUACAGUAAACGUUUCAAAGUACCACCACCAAUGUUAAUGAUAACAGGACUAUCAAAAAGUGCGAAUCAAAACGGGAUACCUAGUAGCAUCGGACGAUGUAUGGCAGGAACCAUAUAUUGCAAACAAUGAAACAUAUUUAUACAACCUCAGAGAGAAAUGUAUUUAGUAGAUGUGAAAUAAUAUUCAGAAAUAAAUAUUGUGUAUCUAAUCC